UUCAGUGCCCUCUCGUUGUUUGAAAUGAACAUGGAGUUUUGUGACUUGCUGUUAACUUCACCCCUCUCGUUGUUGGAGAUGUUUGACAGUGCACUGCUGGAGGCUGAGAAUGACCUCAAAAAAGAUCUGGACAGGGAAGGCACCCAAGCACACAUGGUAGCAAUAUCACUUGGUUAAAAAUCAUCUAACAGCUACCAAGCACACAUGGUAGCCUUAUACUUGGUCACAAUCGCCUAACAACACCCAAGGACACGUGGGUAGCCAUUGACUUGGUUACAAUCAACUAACAGACUAAUGGAUAUGUUACUAUAAUUAAUUUAAGGCCCAUUCAUUUCAACUUGUUUGUUGCACACUCAUUACCCUUUCUUUUUUUUCUUUUUUUAUUUAUAGACGAUUAAAUCAAAAGUUCAUGUUCGAGUAAUGUCGUUGCCUGUAUGUCCAGAAUUGAGCCGGACCACCUUGCCCAAAGCAGCUGAUAUGAGAUGCUUCCUUUCAAUCACAGGUAACUUCAGUUUCUCCAUUGUCACAAAAAAACAAAAGUAAACUCUUAAUGUUUGAGCACUAAGAUUUUUUUACACUCGAGCUUCUGAACAAGCUCUAAUUAUCGCAUGCUGUAUACCAUGCUCUAAGUUAUAUCAAAGUAUUCAGCUGUUCCUAUGAUAUAGAAGUUUUGCUCUUAAUCAGGUAAUAUUUGUGUCUACCCCCAGGAUUACUGUUGAUAUUUUUAUGUACCGGUAUCCCCAGGGACUGUGAUUAGAACCACAUUGAUCCGUGUGCUGGAGCAUGAACAUGAGUACAUCUGCUCCAAAUGUAGAAUGGUCGUCACAGCUAAGGUCAUAAUGAAUGUUUCUUUUUCUUUCUUUUUUUUUCCUGUUGUUUCAAAAUUGUUGUUUCCUUUCUCACCACUGAAAACUUUUUUUUUUUUUUUUUAACAAUUUGAAUUAAAAAUUGUAUGCGUCUUUUUUUUCAAUUUUUCACUCUUUGUUUUAUCUCAAAGUUUAAAAUAAAAAUUCAUAAUUUAUUAAAACAUUAGUUAAUAUGUUUAUUUUUUAAGGUCAUAAUGAAUGUUUCUUUUUCUUUCUUUUUUUUUCCUGUUGUUUCAAAAUUGUUGUUUCCUUUCUCACCACUGAAAACUUUUUUUUUUUUUUUUAACAAUUUGAAUUAAAAAUUGUAUGCGUCUUUUUCUUCAAUUUUUCACUCUUUGUGUUAUCUCAAAGUUUAAAAUAAAAAUUCAUAAUUUAUUAAAACAUUAGUUAAUAUGUUUAUUUUGAUGUUAUCAAGUACUCUUUGCAAUUCACUUAUACUUAUAAUUAGAAAAUAGUUUUGAAGAUUACGCACAUAUUUAAGUUAUUUUUUUUCCAUUGAUGUGGUAAAGAAAACCAUUUUUUCUUUAAUUGACAUGGUAAAGAAAACUAUUUUUCCUCUCUGUUCAGGCAGAUUUUGAGCAGUUCUACAAUCUGAAGAAGCCAACAGUUUGCCCAAACGAAGCAUGCAGGGGGAACAACUUGGUACUGCUGGCAGAAAAUGGUGGGUGUUAUUAAUUGUUGUCUCCUCACAGCUAUUCCAAAGUCAAAGUCGCUGGAUUCUGUGAGGAGAGGUUGACAAAUUAAACUGUUACUCAGUAGAUAUUGUGAUGAAUAUUUUAAAAAAAUGAUAAUAAUAAUAAUUGGUUUUUAUCUGGAGAAAGACAGUUGACGUUAGUUAAAAAAAAUUUAUUUGAAGAUUUUAAUACUCAGUUAUUCACUCUCCUCAUUGGCUAUUCACUCUCCUCAUUGGCUAUUCACUCUCCUCAUUGGCUAUUCACUCUCUAAAAUCCAUCACUCAUAGAUGACAAUCCUCCCUGAAAGCUCUGUAACAAUUUCUUAUAUAAUUUUUCAUAAUGUAAUAUGAUUGUGUAUAUCAUCAUCCUGAGCCAGCGACCAUUCAGUCAUGUGCCCGUCAUCCCAAAAACGAUAUUAAAAUUGACUGAUGUUUUGGACUGAUGAUCAAGUAUACCAACAUCAAAUCUUUUACAGCUCUGUCUAAAUGAGGUAGAACUAACUGUAUCAGUUGUUUUUUGUUUUUUUUCCACCUGUCCACCAUUCAGGAGCCGGCCCGAGCAACUGCAGAAAUUAUCAGGAGAUCAAAAUCCAAGAGCAGGUCCAGAGACUGUCCAUGGGGACCAUCCCUCGGUCCAUGUGGGUUGUCCUGGAGGACGACCUUGUCGACAGUUGCAAAGCUGGUGAUGAUGUGACUAUAUGGUCAGUGGUUGCUGAGUAGUCUUGCAGUUGUCCACUGUGGAAAUCAAUAUUUUUUUUUUAAUUGAAAAUGAUAUUAUUGUAAAUUGCACUAGAAAUAAAAUCUAGUGAAUGCUUUUUCAUUGACCCGUUGACUUUGAAAAAUAUACUCAUAAUUUAUUCUAAACUGUGUGAAAGCAAUACUGGGUUACCACAUUAUUUCAAUUUAUUUAUAUGUAAGUGUUUUUUUAAUUUAUGAAUGGUACAGUAUUUCUACUGUAGUUGUUUUAAUUAACAGCUUUCAAUUUUUAGUAAUUUUUCUCCAUGUGGCUUUUUAUGUGUGUGUAAGAUGGAAAAGAUUAUAUUUAAAAGAGAAUAUUGUAGAAGUGAAAGCAAUUUUUCUGCACGAAAGAGUGUGGGAUAUGAUUUUAUAUACUCUCUCUCUUUUUGCCUUGCACGCUCCUAGUGGUGCGUAGUCAUGAUCAUCAAUGGCACUGCAGCCCAAGGAGGGCUAUGGUCUGCUUCACCACAUCCUUCCACUGAAGGCAGAUCCAUGGAUUUUUAGUCUCCAUGGCAGAGGCACGGGCAGUUCACCAACUCUUUCAAUUUAUAUCUGUCCUGGGCUUUUCCUUCCGGUUCAUCCCACUUGUAUCGCCAUUUGUCUCACUAUGAAAUGUUAUAAUUCUCUACUUCAGUGGCACAGUCAGACAAAGAUGGAGGCCGGCCAUGAUGGACGCCAAAUGUGACCUAGAGAUUGUCCUGCAGGCCAAUCACAUCCUGGUCACCAAUGAGCAGAGGAGUCAUGUUAUGAUCACACAGGAGUUGGUACGCCUUGACCUAUCAGCACUGUCUCUGUAGUUGCCUUGACCUAUCAGCACUGUCUCUGUAGUUGCCGUGACCUAUCAGCACACUCUAUAGUUGCCUUGACCUAUGGGCACUGUCCAAAUAGUUCAUAAACAGUUAUUAAAGUUUUCUUUUAAGCAUGUCUUACAUUUUGUUACAAGCAUGCCUUACAUUUUGUUAUAAACAUACUUUACAUUUCUUAUAAGCAAAUCUUACAUUUUCUUACCCGCCAGAAAGAUGAAGUGGCUGAAUUUUGGGAUGAGCACAAGUACAAGCCUCUUACUGGCAGAAACCUUAUCCUGACCAGCCUCUGUCCUCAGGUGUACGGACUGUAUGUGGUCAAACUGGCCGUGGCUGUAGUUUUGGCUGGGGGAGUACAGGUCAGUUUGGAGCACCAUCUUUGAGCCAAAUGAAAUCUCAAAUAUUUCAUUAACGUUGAGCUCUGCUUUAUUCUUUAAGAAAUAGAAUUGACCAGCAUAAACAUAUGAGAAUAUUUAUUGGCGAGGUACAUUUUGUUGAGUGAGAAGGCUAUAAAAAGACAUUACUCAAAAAGAAACACAGCAUUGGCCAGCAAUGUGGAUUAUUUCAGACUGAUAAAUUCAAAACAUAUUUUAUUAUAAUUUCACCACAUACGCACAAUAUUAAGUGCUUUUUUUUUUUUUUUUUUUAUAAUUUUUUAAUUUUUUUUUUUUUUUUUUUUUUAAAUAUUUGUAACUGUUCUUGUGUGUUUGUCCACAGAGAAUUGAUGAUAGUGGUUCAAGAGUAAGGGGAGAAAUCCAUCUGUUGCUGGUUGGAGAUCCAGGUAUUUGAUGUUUAUAACCAUUGAGUAGAGACACUAGAUUUGGGUUUCCAAAGGGGAGGGGGGUGUUUAUGGCAUUACAGAGGGUGUGCUAAAAAGAACAGUUGAGAGAUAAGCUUUGAAGUCAUAUCAAUGUUUAUAUUUCAAAGAAUUUUCUUCAUUAACAUUUCGCCAUGUAAUAAGUUACAGGCUUAUUUUCUAAGCUCUACAGAUCUCUUAGCAAUUCAAUAAGUAAAUGAGAAACAUGUUAUUUUAAAAUGCACUUUUAAUUUUUGUAAGGGGUGCCAGACUUCGUGAAACAUUUUGUUGGCGGUGCUGACAAUAGAAAAGUUUGGGAAAUACUUCUCUAAACUAUUUUGUAUUUUAUAUGUAAGUGAGGUACUGGGUGAUACAUUCAUAAACUAAACUUUUUUAGAGAUUACAUUGCUGAUGCUACUGAAUCUAAGCUAUGAGAGGAUGCUGUCAUCUUACAUGGCCUGAAGUUGGAAAAUUUUAAUUUUAGCCAUAACCAAAGAUGUAAUGUUUAAAAAAAAUUUAUAAAAGGCUAACAUAAGAGUGGUUCUCACAAACAGGAACAGGCAAGUCCCAGUUUCUCAAGUACGCUGCCAAGAUAACACCCAGGUCUGUCCUAACGACAGGUAUCGGUAGCACUAGUGCUGGCCUUACAGUAACAGCCGUGAAGGUAGUUUAAAGAUCAUUCAUUAUAUGCAUCUCUGUUGAUAAAAAAAAUACAUAUAUAUAUAUAUUGUAAAGUAUCAUUUAUUUUUGUAUAUACCUAUGUGCCAAGAAAAAUACAUUUAUUAAUUUGGAUAAAAGAUUUAUUGCAAGCAAGUUUAUUUCAACUAUAAUUUACAUAUGUUUACAUAUGUGUGUGUUUAUAAAUUAACCAAAGCACCAGCACCUUCAUCAUCGCUAGCACAAACUAAAUUGUUAUCAUCUUCUGAUAGGACGGAGGGGAAUGGCAGCUGGAAGCAGGAGCACUUGUGUUGGCAGACGGAGGCCUGUGCUGUAUCGAUGAGUUCAACUCCAUCAAAGAGCACGACAAGGCCAGCAUUCAUGAAGCCAUGGAACAGCAGACUAUCAGUGUGGCGAAGGUCAGGAGUGUGUUGUAGUUGGACGAUUUGGUGAUUUUUGUUUGUCAUUAGAAAUUAUGAGAAACGGCUGCUUUUGAUAACUUCAACUCGUUGCUAAAGUUGUAAGAACCAAUUGACUUGAGUCUCAAAGUAAAGACUGAUAAUAAUAAAAAUGUAAGCGCUUUCAUAUUUGUUUUCUAAUUCCUGAGCACCGGUACAGUGAAUGUAAAUUGUGUUACUUUGAUUUCUAACUUUUUGUUUGCACAUCACUUUAAUACUUUAAAAAAUAUAUCAACCGAUGCCAGUGGUCGGUAAACUCAUUAGACAAAAGAGCCAGAAAUCAGCAGCAGGAUGAUUAAAACAAGUUUUGAGAGCCAAAUUUCUUUUCAAGAACCAUGUUUUUCUGAGUCAAAACUGAUUUUUGACUAACUGGCAGAGCCGCACUCAGGUCACUAAAGUUCCGCAUGCGGCUCAUGAGCCGCGAUUUGCCGACUACUGACCUAUGCUAACACUAAAUCAAAAUGCUAUUUUAUGUUUGAACUGCAGCAAAUAACUUUUUUGAUUUAAGGGGAUGUGAAAUGUAAAAUUAAAUUUUGUUAUUAUUGCUCCAAUCCCAGGCUGGUCUGGUUUGCAAGCUCAACACCAGGACAACUAUUUUGGCAGCUACAAAUCCUAAGGGACAUUAUGAUCCAAAUGAGGUAUGAGACUUUCCCCAGUUUACAUAUGUGGCUAUGCUUUAACCCCUACGCACCCACUGAAAUUUAAACGUAGCAUAAAUAGGUGAGCAUGUGACUUUUCGGCUAGUUUCACUUAAGAAUUAGUGACUUUAUUGUUCUCCUUUGUGUUCACUCAAUUCCUUUAUCAUGGAGGCCCAUUCUGACAGCUCAUUUUGAAUUGAUGAGCCUACUUGAAGAGAGCAAAGCUGUUUCUCAGUUAUUUCACAGGUCUAUCUGACCGUUCUGUAAGUAGUCAUGAGCAUUUUCAUAUACUUAUUUUCUAGAGUACAUUUCAUCAUGUGUUUAUGAUGGGUGAUUCUUGUUUAUUACCGAUCAUGUUAAGCUGUGUUUUAGUUUAAUUACGCAUCGAGCUCAUUGAAUGUAUCGCGUAACAAUGGUAUCACCAUAGUUGGAUGUACUGCCAUGUGGUUAAGUUUUACAUAGGCCUACGCGUGCGGCAUUAUAAUUGUAAUGACCAAGUAUCUAGAAUUGUAGGUUAACUCAAUAAUCGAACAUCUUAGGGUCUCCAUGCCUAAAAUAGAUACAGGACAUUUGGGAACAUAAAUCUAAUGAGAUUGUACUGGACACCCAUGCACAGAUUUGGAGCGCAAAACUGUGUACUUCUCAUAUGAGCUAAACCCUGCAACAUAACGUCUGUAAAAUUAAAUAUUAUUCAUGGAUUAUUUCAUUUGCCCUUUGGAUACCCAUGUUGAAUCUACCAUUAUAAUUAAUCAUUGUUGCUGUCGACUUUAUUAACCAACAGGAUUAUGGCCCAUGUUUAUUGCUAGCUGUGUAUGUUUAUCAUAUUUUGAAUAAUCUGUUAAAUCCAGAUUUAUCCCGCAGGUUUUAUAUUUUGUAUUUUGAAUAACCUGUAAAAUUACGGAGUUAUCCCGCAUGUUUAUUGUACAGUUGACGGACUUAAGGUAACCCAUAAAACAUUUUUUAUCCAUGGUUAUCCACUGUGCUUAUUGCUAGUUAUAUUAUAUGUACUUUAAAAUUACUCUUCUUCUUCUUAUAUUUGAGGGGCCCACGAUCAAUUUGUUGAUCAUUCUGGCUCCUGGUUUAAAUUCAGAGUUUGCCUUCUCUUAGAUGGGUUGCCGUCCAAGGCUAACGAGUCACAUCCACCUGGGGUGCUUGGGAUGUUGGCUUUGGUGGGGAUUGAACUCCAGACCACCAGCUAUUUGGUUUGAGACAGUUUAGACCGCUCGGCCACCCAGAUUACUUGUACAAUACAUGUAUCUCUCCAGUCAUUUUCAUUUUUACUUGUACAAUACAUGUAUCUCUCCAGUCAUUUUCAUUUUUACUUGUACAAUACAUGUAUCUCUCCAGUCAUUUUCAUUUUUACUUGUACAAUACAUGUAUCUCUCCAGUCAUUUUCAUUUUUCCUUCUGUUUUUUUUUUUCAAUUUUAGUUACCCAUCAUACUCUCAGAACAAAUAAAAAGCUGUAGUUCUCAAGACCUCAUUCUCCUUCGGAUUUGUAAACUAAGUUUAAAACUGUCACGUCACCCAACCCAAUCACCCACUGGGGUGCACAGCUUCACAUACUUCCAAUGAAUUUCCUUAAGAAUAGGAGCAGUUGUCCUAAACUAAACUUAGUCAGUGUUAGAAGCCCCAGUAAAACUUUCUGCCCCCCUUUUUUUUACAAAUGAUCAAACCACUGGGGAUUAGCUGUCGUCCAUUGUUACGUGUAAUGCAGAAAUGACUUCAACAACUGGCGCCAUUUGCAAUUUAUGAGAGAAGUAGAUUAGAGAGAUUUAGUUUCCAUCUGCAAGGUAUAUAUUAUCACUGCAAGCAACAGACACUUUGAUAGCUUUAUAAACAUUCCAAACAAUUUUUACCUUUUUUUAAAUGGCAUGGUCUCGUUGAUGAUAACUAGUGCAGCUCUUAAUUUGAGCUGUUCAUAGCAGCAAUUUUUCACAAACAGGUAAAUCUAAAAAAAAUAUUUUUUUUAAAAUUAUCUUUUUUAUUUAUUUUUUUUUUACAAAGAAAUCUUCCCAAAUGUCAUGUUUUGUUUUUUUUCCCACCCCCAGUCCUUGUGUGUCAAUAUAGCAUUGGCCAGUCCUCUCCUUUCGAGAUUUGACCUAGUUCUUGUCUUGCUGGACACACAAAAUGACCAGUGGGAUAGAAUUGUAUCAUCUUUUAUCCUGGAAGGCAAAGACCCUGGUGGUUAGUUAAGAUUUUUACCUUAAACUUUCUAAAGGCUUUAAAACCACUUAUCUCUUCUCCAAUCACUCACCCCAUCCCUACCUCAUUCCGCACUUCAAGUGGUGACAUUAAUAAAAAAUGUUCUCACUUUUCAAAUGUUAAUCUUUAUUUAACUACUUCAGCGAUAAAAGAUUUUAACAAGAUAGUUUCUUAUAUUUGUUGGAGAAUUUAUAAGAAAAUUCAAGCUUUUUUAAAAAAUAAUAAUAAUAUCAAUUUUUUAUUAUUAUUAUUUGCAAUUGACUCAAGGACCUCGUCAGUCCCCCACCUCUCAAAACUAACCAAAAGCUGACAGCUUUUGCGGCUCCCCAUCUGAAACUCUGUGACAUGUUGCCAAGAACUUCUGACUAACCUUUGUGAAUAUUUCAUCCUCCUUAUGUCCAGAGUCGGGUGGGGGCAUCAGUGUGUGGUCAAUGGACAAGAUGCAAGCCUACCUGACUCUUGUCAAAUCCUUGAAUCCACAACUCACUCCACAAUCAAGCAGGUAAACACAAUCAAGCAUGUUCACAAAAAGUAGGUCAACACAAUUAAGCAUGUACACACAAAGUAGGUCAAGAAAAUUAAGCAAAUAAUCACAAUCAAGCACGCAAACACAACCAAGCAGGUUAACACUGUCAGAUAUCAGGUUCAUCUUUGAUGUGUUUGCCCUUUCAUUGCCAGGAAACAUAAUAAAAAAAAACCUAUUUUUAUUUAAAUUGAAUGCUUUCCAUAUAACAAGAAUUCAUUGCAUCAAGCUCUCAAUAAGAAUUAUUAUUUUUGGUUCUAAGAAAGAGAAAGUGUAAGGACCAAGAAUUCUCAGUGGAACACUGAUAAAAAAAAAGUAAUACAGUUCUUUCCCUUUUUUUAAGUUUGCCUUUCCUUGAUGGGUUUAUUAAGCUUUGGCGUGGGAAAAUGUUGUUGAAUCAUUAAUUAAUAGGUUUUUAUUUAAUUAUAAUUUACCAUACAAAAAAAAAAUUUAAAUCCAUAAACAGGAGGUAGAAACCAUAUUAUCGGUGGAAAUGGUUGUAUGUAUUUCUUUACGAUCUUGUGCCAAAGGGUGGUUCUAUUUGGUCAUAGGGCAAACCAGAGUAAGAGCAGAACACAAAGAAAGUAUAUAUGUAGAGCAAGUAAUGUUGUCUUUGUUUUUUAACCUCCGCAGGGUUCUACAGGCUUACUACAGGGCCCAGAGAGGAGCAGACGACCGCAACGCAGCCCGGACAACGAUGAGACUGCUACAGAGUAUGAUCCGCCUCGCUCAAGGUACUGCAUUAUUGCCCGAAUGGGCUCGUGAAAAGAUUUCAAUAUCGUGAAACGAUGCGCAAGUCUGAGCGCCUAGGAAAGCCACCGCUUCACAAGUCAGUGCAGGGCCAGCGCCACAUUGUUGUUAAGUUUGUGUAACCUUAUAGCCUGUUGGGCCUGUUGUGCCUUCACUGAACAUAAAGAAUAACUGGCUUUGGAGGCAAAAUAGUUGCAGUAAGCACACUGCAUUCUUUUUGUGCCAAAUAACAUGAAAUGGCCGCAUCUUUGUUUACAAUCAAGGUCAAAGAUACUUAAAUGCAAUUCAGAGUUACCUGUCCAGCAACACUGAACUGACACAAUACUGAACUGACACAAUACUGAACUGACACAAUACUGACAUCUCACAACACUGAACUGACACAAUACUGACAUCUCACAACACUGAACUGACACAACACUGACAUCUCAGAACACUGAACUGACACAACUCUGACAUGUCACAACAUUGACAUCUCACAACACUGACAUCUCACAACACUGAUUCCCCACUGCAUUGCUGUCACAUGGGCACUGACAGCUGCAUGUUUUCACCAAUCCUCUUGUCAGUCACUGAAGUCCCAGUGAAAUUAACCUUGACUGGGAUAAGUAUCCUUCAAAUUGAUGUAGGAAUACGCACAAAAACGAGGAUAAUCUUAAAGUAAAUUAAUUUGUAUGUUGUUUGUAGUUUUGUUUUUUUAAUUUAAAAAAUUUCCUUUCAAAAAAGGUCACGCUCGACUUUUGUUCAGGGAGUCUGUGACUGUUCAAGAUGCUGUGGUGGCCGUGACUUUGAUGGAGUCCAGCAUGCAGGUAAUAAUGAUGAUGUAGUUCAUUUCUAAUCCCGUGAAGUGGUUAUCUGGCAGCUCAUAGGUCUGUUCUGGCAACUGCUGGUUUGGUUUUUCCAACUAUAGCUUAUAUGGUUAACUAUUUAUGCGGCGAUCAGCCAUCCAUUGGCUGCUGUUUUCUGAAUUUUGAGGCAGAGAUUUUUUUACUCAUAGCUCUCCUCCCUCCAAAGAAAUGCUGCCUUAGUUGGCUAACAUAAGUAAGAUGAACAAGUCUUUUUCCGCAUGGCUAAUUACCCAUAGCUUGGGAUCCCCCCACCCCCCCUCCCUUUCCCCCCAGAUGACUUGCAACCUUCCUUGUCAAGAGGCAUCAUCAUUCUGAUCUAACACCCAUUUGGGGCAGUGCAUCGAUUGGUCAUAGGGCAGACAUGGCUGAUGCUGUGCCGCAGGGCCAGCUGCUUAACUCUGAAAUCAGUCAGGGUGAAAACUUCUAGACUCUGCUUUGAUGACUGUCAUUUCAGGUUUUUAACUUGUGCCGAGUAGGAAACCAAUUGUCUCGAUCAGCCCUGCACAACUCAAAUAUAAGGAGGGCUGUAGUACUUUAUGGAAAGCUUGUGCGGUCCGAAAGAUGACGGGACGGGGGGGGAAGCUAUUAGGAAAAUAACAACAAUAAAUUAUAUUUCGUUACUUUGUGGGCCGCCAAGUGGGUGCCAGAGGGCCGCAUGCAGGCCGUAUGAUGUGCAGGCCUGGUCUAGAUCAGUUGGCAUCUUUUCAAUGAAGGAAAAAUGUAUUGAUCCAUCCUGCUGGCGCUGUGUUAUGAAAUAAAACACUGGUUCAUACUGGACAAGUAAUGUUGGCCAUCUAAACGGGGAAUGUCGGUGAACUGAACAGGUGAUGUGAGUGAACUGAACAGGUGAUGUCGGUGAACUGCACAGGUGAUGUGGGUGAACUGAACAGGUGAUGUCGGUAAACUGAGCAGGUGAUGUCAGUGAACUGAACAGGUGAUGUGAGUGAACUGAAAAGGUGAUGUCGGUGAACUGCACAGGUGAUGUGGGUGAACUGAACAGGUGAUGUCGGUAAACUGAGCAGGUGAUGUCAGUGAACUGAACGGGUGAUGUGAGUGAACUGAAAAGGUGAUGUCGGUGAACUGCACAGGUGAUGUGGGUGAACAGGUGAUGUCGGUAAACUGAACAGGUGAUGUCGGUGAACUGAACAGGUGAUGUCAGUGAACUGAACAGGUGAUGUCGGUUAACUGCACAGGUGAUGUGGGUGAACUGAUUGGGUGAUGUGGGUGAACUGAACAGGUGAUGUGAGUGAACUGAACAGGUGAUGUCGGUGAACUGCACAGGUGAUGUGGGUGAACUGAACAGGUGAUGUCAGUGAACUGAACAGGUGAUGUGGGUGAACUGAACAGGUGAUGUGGGUGAACUGAACAGGUGAUGUCAGUGAACUGAACAGGUGACGUUGGUGAACUUCACAGACAAUUUUGGUGAACUAAACAAUACAUGAUAUGUAUACUUCCAGUUUCACUUAACUUAACAUUACACCAUAUAUUUUUUUCCACUUUGAAUUUCCUACUCCCUCAGGGUGCUGCCUUGCUGGGGGGUGUGAACACGCUGCACACAGCCUUCCCUGAGAAUGCAGACAGUGAAUACAGACAUCAA